GUGAAGUACUAGCAGUUUUUCAGGAAUUCGUAAAACAUAAAUAAAUCGCUUCAAAUAAUUACGUAUAUACGUUAUAAAUGUUUGAGAAGACAAAUUUCGUAAUUUGUUCAAUAGCAUAGUUGAAAAUAGAGCUCAAAUGGCAGCCAACAACAGCAAUAUGCACAAUCUGGGGACGCUGCAGGUGCCGGCUUCUGUGAUCGCUUCCACGGGCACUGUGAGUCCCAUGAUGCAGCCAAGCACGAGUUCGCAAAGUGCCUGGGAUCAACUGACGGCGAGUGCAUCCAACAAUAUGUCACCCACGCCGACGACAGCUGCAGCUAGCACAUCUGCAGCAGCAGCUGCAGCAACAACAGCAGCGAGCGAAGGCACGGGGCAUCCUUUGAGCGCAGGCAGCUCACCGGUGGCCAGCUGCUCGUCGCCCUCGACGCCCACCAAAACACAUGGACCGCCCACUCCAGAUGCAAUGGCACAUACGCCUCAAGGACCACCCGUUGGACCGGGUGGUUAUGGCGAAGAGUUAACAGCGGAGCUUGUGAAUCAGGGAUGGCGUAAGUUCUGGUCUAAGCGCGAGAAUCGACCGUACUACUGGAACAAGGUUACUGGUGAAUCACUGUGGGAAAUGCCGGGUGCACCCUUUGAUCCGCUUACGGAUCCUCUGGGGAUUUGUCAUGGUGGUGGCAGCGGCGUUGGUGGUCCCACGCCGAUGACGCCGCACCAGCAACAGCACCAUCAUCUGAAGCGCAGACCGUCGGAUGACAUGCAUAUACAUCCGCAUCAUCAGCAAAUGCAGCAGCAUAUUGGACCACCAAUGAAGAAGUUUGUGCUUGCUGGCCCGUGGGAUCUGGAGGUGUGCACCAAUGCUGUCAUUGUGGAGCGACCGCCUACGCUGUUGCCACAGCCGCAUCCAGAGAUUGAGGCCAUGCGAGCCGCCUUCACCAUGAAACUGCAGAAGACAUACGAGGAUCUGUGCAUGCGCAGGGAGAACAUCAAGGCGCCGCGGGAUUCUUUCAAUCGUUGGCUUAUGGAACGCAAGGUCAUCGACACCGGUUGCGAUCCAUUGUUGCCUAGUAACUGUAUGCCCGAAAUCUCCAGCUCCAUGUACCGCGAAAUAAUGGGCGACAUACCUAUUAAGAUAAUCAAACCUAAGUUCACUGGAGACGCACGCAAACAACUUUCACGGUAUGCCGAGGCGGCCAAGCAAAUCAUCGAAUCGCGCUCAGCGCCGCCCGAGUCAAAGAAAGUGGUCAAGUGGAAUGUUGAGGAUACGUUUCAAUGGCUGAGGCGCACAGUGGGUGCCAGUUACGAGGACUUUCAGGAUCGUUUGGCGCAUUUGAAGCGUCAGUGUGAGCCGCAUUUGGUGGAGACGGUAAAGAGCUCCGUAGAAACAUUGUGCAUUAAAAUCUUUCAUCUGUCGGCGGAGCAUGCGCGCAAAAUCCGUGAACGCCAUCUACAAUUAUUGAAGGAGCACGGCAUACCGGAGCCAACGCCGCCACCACCGCCUCCGCAUUUGAAGAAGGUCUGGUGCUAUCCCAUACAGUUCGCAGUGCCGUCGCCACGCAUGCCGGCCAUUGAGUAUCUGCAGGAUCGCGAUCAUAUGAUCAUCAAGUACACGCCCGCUAACAUCAAUCAGCCGGAUGCACAGUACAUUAAUCUGACCUAUCUGCAAAAGCUGGAGCAGCUUUAUCGUCACAACUGCUUUGAUGACAAAAAGUUCGAUCUAUUUAUCGGUCGUGUAUGGUGUCUGUUAAAGCGCUAUCAAACCUUUCUAGGCAAUGCACUCAACUCUUCACAGGAAGCUGAGCUUACACAGGCAGCUUUACCUGGACCCGUCUUUGAGUGUCUUCAUAGGCACUUUGGUGUGAGCUUUGAGUGCUUCGCAUCACCAUUCAACUCCUAUUUCCGGCAAUACUGCUCAGCCUUUGCUGACACAGAUGCCUACUUCGGCUCUAGGGGACCGUUUUUGGAAUUUAAACCAGUGUCUGGCUCGUUUCAAGUGAAUCCGCCGCAUUGUGAGGAGCUCUUGGAUGCUUGUCUGCUACAUAUAGACAAGUUGCUAACCGAUUCCAUGGAGCCCUUAAGCUUUAUAGUGUUUUUGCCGGAGUGGAAGAGUAUUUCCAAGCUGGAGGAAAGCAUGUACAAGCGGCGCUCCAUGGUGGUACUGGGUAUGGCACAUGAAUACCGGCAUGGCUAUCAACAUAUGAUGCCGAAAAGUGAAGUGUUGGUCAAGUGCAUGCAAGGCACACAAGUUGUUUGGCUCCAGAACAGCGCUGGCUAUGCGCGUUGGGGUCCCAAUGAAAAUCGUGUGGAAGCCUUGCGUGAAGCAUUCAGACCUCAGCGAGAUCGAGAGCGUGAGCGUGCAGCUGUUGCUGCAGCUGCAGCUGGCGUAAACAGCAACCAACAGCCACAACAACAACAGCAGCAACAGCAACAGUCGCCGCCAGCAAUAACAACUACAUCAACAGCAGCAACAGUUGCUACAACGCCUGCCACACCUACUACUGCCAAUAGCAGCAGCAUUGCAGCUGUCACCAGCUCCAGCGUCAAUAGCAUUGGCAGUCCGGUGCCCACAACGUCUGCCGUGCUAACUCCACUGUCGCCGCAAACGCCCACUAGCACACCCCCCAAGUUUCCGCUAACCAUCAGUAAUACGAGCAGCAGCAAUUUGGUUGCCGCCUCGCCUACCAUGAGCGUGCAAAGCGAUUGCUCAUCGCCUUCAUCAUCCACCAUGUCACUGUCGCCGGCACCCGCCUCGGGUGGCUAUCCGGAUGGUGGAUCUACAGCAGCAGCGGCAGCUGUUAGUAUAACGGCCACUGCAAGCACAUCGGGUGCCUCUUCAGCUUAUGGUCCUGCCACCAGCAUAACCAGCACGGCGGUUAUCAAUUCAGCUGUCUAGGCUAAAGAAUUGAAUGUUAAGCAACAUGUCUUAUUUUCGUUAAGCUAUGGGGCUAAGUACCAUUAUUGUGUUUCCUUAAUUAAGGAUUUAAAGUCUAGAACAUAGUUUUGAAAUUCAAUAAGUAUGCGUACUUGCAGACCCUUAUAUAUACCUACAUAUAUAUAGAGAAUUUUUAACGGGCCAUUUUAGUAACUUUUUUGUUCAGGUCUUAGAGGUGCAAGUGCGCUCAGUUAACAUUUAACAAGUUUAAAGUUUAAAGAUUGUACAUAUGUUUUUUAUCAAUUAUAUAAGUAAAUAGCUGAUAACUGCGGCCUGGCUGUUGUUUAUCUAAUUAACCCUUUUUAGGUAAGGGUACUAAUACUACAUUUAAAUUGUUUUCCAAUUUUUCAAUUUAAACAAAAUACACAUGAAAUAAAACAGAAAAAAUAUAUACACUUGCACUGGCACCAAGGAUAAUUGUUUAUUUUUUGAUUGUUCUUUCUGUGCAGCACUUAUACAUCAUAUACAUACAUACAUAUAUAUAAAUAUAUAAAUAAGCCCUUCCCCAUAAACAAUCCAAUGUGAGACUAUUUUAUUAGAAUUAAUAAUUAAAUGAAAACUAACACGAUACAUACGAUAAUGUACAAAUCGAUAUUUAACAAUAAGUAGGCGAAAAUAUAUAAAAUUGGUCGCGCGCAGAACCAAAUUUGUAAUAAAUACAAAACUAAAGCUAAAACAAGUACGCACCGCACAACAUAAGCAUACAUAUAUUUAUACCAUAAUUAGAGAUCAUAACUAAUAACAGCUGUGGUCAGCAGCAAGGCCAUUUUUCAAAAUAUAUGUUUUUUCUUUGAAUAAGUUGUCAAUGAUGGCAAGUGUGCAUAUGAGCAUAUAUUAUUAUAAUGGGAAUUUAGCCAAUUUCAUAAUAAUGUAGUAAAAACAAAUUAAAAUUCAACAAUCGGCAACUUUAGACAAAAUUUAAAUUCUAAACAUAAGUUAACAAAAUUAUCAAAUAAGCUCAGGCUCCUCACUGUCACUAACACUUUGCCACUCCCACAAUCAUUCACAAUGCGUUAAUUUCUUUUAAAAAUAAAUAAAACACAAAUAAAAAA